AUGGCCGCCUCCACCAUGUCUGUCUGCUCUGACGCUUGCACCAACUCCUCCUGGCAGGUGGAUGACUGCCCAGAAAGCUGCUGUGAGCCCAGCUGCUGUGCCCCCAGCUGCUGCCACUGCUGUGCUCCAGCCCCCUGCCUCACCCUUGUCUGCACCCCAGUGAGCUGUGUGUCCAGCCCCUGCUGCCAAUCUUCCUGCUGCACACCUUCAUGCUGCCAGCAGUCUAGCUGCCAGCCAGCUUGCUGCACCUGCUCUCCCUGCCAGCAGCCCUGCUGUGUGACCCUCUGCUGCAAGCCUGUCUGCUGCACACCCAUCUGCUCUGGAUCAUGCUGCCAGCAGUCUAGCUGCCAGUCCUCAUGCUGCCAGCCCUCCUGCUGUGUGCCUGUGUGCUGCAAGCCUGUGUGCUGCACACCCAUCUGCUCUGGCUCCUCCUCCUGCUGCCAGCCCUCCUGCUGUGCUCCUGUGUGCUGCAAGCCUGUGUGCUGCAAGCCCUGCUCCAGCGUGUCCCUGCUGUGCCGCCCUGUGUGCAGACCUGCCUGCUGUGUGCCCACCUCCCCCUGCUGUGCCUCCUCCUCCUGCCAGCCCAGCUCCUGUGUGUCCCUGCUGUGCCGCCCUGCCUGCUCCAGACAGGCCUGCUGUGGCCAGAAGUCCAGCUGCUGA